AUGGAGCACGCUGCCCUUCUGCCGGCUGCCCACUCCCGAGCGGCGCCGCGCACGCCCGCUCCGCAGGCAGCACCUCCCCUCCGGUGCGGGCUAAGCGCUGCCGAGCCGAACCCGGCCACCUCCGGCGCCGGGGAGAGCUCCCUUCCCACUGCACAGAGCCCUUUCCGGUGGGUAGAGCGUUCCCACGCCGACAAGAGCGGGUGGAUCAGCGGCACCUGCGCUUUUGGGAGGUUCUCCCCGCGGUGGAUUCCCUUAAAGAAGAGCCCGUUGGAGGGCAGAGGAGAUGCACGGUCCUCGGCUGAGGCGCGCUUUUGGCAGAGCUGCUCUAGGGGUGGAGCCCGGCGCCGGCCGCGCUUUGCCACCGCCCCGUUCCCUGGGGAGCUGUCGGUGUCCCCCGGGAGGGUGGUUGGGCUGGGGAGACCCUGGGGCCGAGCUGACACCCCCGACAUCCCCCGCUACCCUCAAACGCGCAUCCCGCGGCGAGCGCGGCCGCCCAGACGGGACGGGUCCGGGAGCCCCGGGCGGUGUCAUUGCUGGGGGGAAGGCGGGGGACACCCCCGUUACGUGCUUUGCGUGUUUGCCCUCUGUACGUGCUGCCUGCUCCGGCGCUGCGGGGUCUGCCUGCUCCGGCUGGCUGUGCUGUACCGCCGCUGGAAAGGUGAGUCCUGUCCCCUGUCCCGCCCCCCCCGCCUCCUCCUGCCGGCCCACCGGCUCCUGCGAAGGAGGCGGUGGAAAACCCGCAGGAGGCGCGGCCGAGGCGGGGACCGCCGCCCUGCCCAGUGCUGCCCGGUGCGCGGUCAGUUCCCCGCGCUCGCACGACGGGUCCGUACCGGGACCCAGCGAGUACCGGCGAGGGGACGGGGGUGGGCGGGCGGAGGGAGGGAGGGAGGCGCGGCCGCGAUCGCGCCCCGCCGCCCCCCGCCGCGCACCCGCCGCGGCCGCCACUUCCCGCGGGCGUCGCUCGGCGGCGGGCGCUGCCUCCGCAGGAAGCGGCCCCGCGGCCCGGCCCCUCCCGCCGCUCGGCGAAGGGCUCAUGCACUCUGCGGCGCGGGCGGCGGGAUGGCUCCGGCUCCGGGCGCUGAGCCGCGGCCCCCUGCGCUGCUGCCGCUGCUGCUGCUGCCGCUGCUGCUGCCGCUGCUGCCCGGCCCAGCUGCCGGCCUGGAGGUGCAGCGCAAGUUCCUCUCACCCACCCUCACCAACAACUUCGCCCUGGACGGCCCCGGCUCCCGCGUCUACCUGGCGGCCGUGAACCGGCUCUUCCAGCUGUCGGGGGGCGAGCUGGCUCUGGAGGCGGAGGCGGCGGUGGGGCCGGUGCUGGACAGCCCGCUCUGCCACGCACCGCAGCUGCCGCAGGCCUCCUGCGAGCACCCCAAGGUGCUCACCAACAACUACAACAAGAUCCUGCAACCCGACCCCGAGCAGGGCGUCCUCGUCGUCUGCGGCUCCAUCUACCAGGGCCUUUGCCAGCUGCGCAGCAUGGCCAACAUCUCGGCGGUGGCAGUGCGCUUCCCGCCGGGCGGCAGCGACCCAGUCACCGUCUUCCCCAGCAUGUUGAACGUGGCGGCCAAUCACCCCAACGCCUCCACCGUGGGGCUGGUGCUGCGCCGCGGCGGCGGCGGCGGGGCGCGGCUGCUGGUGGCCGCUACCUACACCGGCUUCGGCAGCCCCUUCUUCCCCCGCAACCGCAGCCUGGAGGACCACCGCUUCGAGAACACGCCCGAAAUCGCCAUCCGUGCCCUCAACGCCCGCGGCGACCUAGCCAAGCUCUUCACCUUCGACAUCAACCCCUCCGACGACAACAUCUUCAAGAUCAAGCAGGGCGCCAAGGCGCGGCACAAGCUAAGCUUCGUCCGAGCCUUCCUGCAGCGCGGGGCUGCGCUGCCCGCCCGGCGCCCCUACGCGUACCUGGCGCUGAACAGCGAGGCAAACGCGGGUGACAAGGAGAGCCCCUCGCACAGCCUCCUGGCCCGCAUCUGCCUGGGCGAGGCGGCCGAGACCACCCUCAACGGCAGCGGUGAGACCAAGAAGCUGACCGAGUCCUACAUCCAGCUGGGGCUGCGCUGCGGCGGCGCCAGCGACGCCUUCACCCGCCUCGUCUCCGUCUUCCCUGCGCGGGCUGCCUGGAGCAGCUCCUCAGCCCCGGGUCCGGCCCCGCCGGCCCCCGAGGAGCUGCUCUUCGGUGUCUUCGAGAGGGCCGGGGCCGGCGGCGGUGGGGGGCGGCCGCAGUCCGCGCUCUGUGUCUUCCGCUUCGCCGAAAUCGAGGAGACGAUCCGGGCUGCCCGCAACUCCUGCUUCGUCAGCCCGGCCGCCGGCAUGGUCACUGUGCUGGACAGCGUGGUGCAGGGAACCGGCCCGGCCUGCGAGAAAAGGAACAUACAGCUGCAGCCCGAGCAGUUGGACUGUGGAGCAGCUCACCUGCAGCACCCGCUGGCCAUCGUCAACCCCGUCACAGCGACCCCCGUGUUCACCUACAGCGGCCUCACUGCCGUGGCCGUGGCCAGCGUCAACAACUACACCGUGGUGUUCCUGGGCACUGCCAGCGGAGGACUCCUGAAGAUUAAUCUGGACAGUACCAUGAAGGUUAUUAGCAGGAGAUCCAUUUCAGUGGCUUACGGAGAGCCUGUCCACCCUAUCAUGCAGUUUGACCCAUCUGAUUCUACCUACCUCUAUCUGAUGACCUCCUAUCAGAUGACACGGGUGAAGGUGGCUGCCUGCAACCAGUACUCGACAUGCACAGAGUGCCUGGCUGCUGCGGACGCUUACUGCGGAUGGUGCACGAUGGAGACCAGGUGUUCUCUGCAGCAUGAGUGCACCAACUUCACAGGGGCCAGCUUCUGGGUGAGCACAAGUGAAGGAGUGCAGCAGUGCCCUGCAAUGACCAUCUUGGAGCCUGAGAUUAAUAUCGACAAAGAGAACCCGGUCCUGAUAAUACAAAUAAACGGGACUAUCCCAAACCUGAAUGGAACAAAUAUUUCCUGUGACUAUGGAAACAACAUCCACACGGUAGCCAGAGUUGCUGGAGAUUAUGUAAACCAAUUUAUUUAUUGCAGUUUACUUCCACGUGAGAAAUAUCCAGCGUUUCCAGAGGACCAAGACCAUGUGAUUGUCGAAACUGCUCUCCGGGUCAACAGCAAAAACAUUAUCCAGGCCAAUUUCACCAUCUACGAUUGCAAAAGAACUGGAAACAUUUACCCAAAGAGAGCGUGCACCAGCUGCCUCUCGACUAGGUGGAAGUGUCACUGGUGCCCCUCCACCUAUGCCUGUGUUUCCAACCACUCGCAGUGUGAUGAUGCGCUGCAGAUGAAGAAGAAGAUUGACUGCCCGCGGAUUGUCCCUGCCUCUCUGGAGCCCAUGCCCACGGGAGUGCCCCGGGACAUGACGAUCACACUGGCUAAUGCAACUUUCUCUAAGGAGACAGCCCUGGAAUGCCAUUUUGGGACCGACAGAACAUUUGAAGCCCGGUGGGUGAACUCUUCUGCUGUGGAAUGCAUUCACGUGCUGCUCCACACAGCAGAAAAAAGCCAUCUCUUCCCAGUGAACCUGCAGCUGAAGCAUAGACCGGACAGAUUCAUUGACAGUCCAGAGAUGAUGACAGUGGAGGUGUACAACUGUGCGACCGGGAGCGCCGACUGUUCCCAGUGCCUGGGGAGGGAGGACCUGGGGCACCGCUGCGUCUGGAGUGAGAGCAGCUCCAGCUGCCGCCUGCACAGCGAGAGCCCCCAGCUCUCAGACACCUGCCCUGCUCCAGAGAUUAAGAAGAUCGAGCCGCUGCGCGGGCCGCUGGAGGGGGGCACCCUGCUGACCAUCCGCGGGAGGAACCUGGGCCGACGCUUCAGUGACGUUGUGGGUGCUGUGCGGAUCGGCAGCGUGCCGUGCGUGCCACUGCGCACCAGAUACAUCGUGUCCGAGGCGAUCGUGUGCCAGACCGGAGAGGCGCAGGAGGCGUUUUCGGAUGUGGUGACAGUGAACGUGAGCCAGGAGGGGAAGUCCAGGGAGCGGUACUCCUUCGUGCUUCCUGUGGUGCAGUCUAUAGCUCCCCUCAAUGGCCCGAAGGCAGGAGGAACCAGAGUGACCAUCAGAGGCAGCAGCCUGGAUGUCGGCUCCGAGCUACGUGUUCUGGUCAAUACCUCCAGGCAGUGCACUGACCUCAGCCGCAAUGCCAGCACCAUCACCUGCACUAUGCCCUCUACGGAGCUCACCGCGGCAGUGAGAGUCUGCGUUCAGUUCGAGAACAAGUCUUGUGCCAGCUACAACAUCACCUUCAAGUAUGAGAAGAACCCAAUUAUAUCAGACAUCAGCCCCAAGAAGAGCCAGAUCAGCGGGGGCAGGAUCAUCACCCUGGAAGGAAGAGGCUUUGAACUGGUCCAGAACGUGUCCAUGGUGGUCCGAGGCAUUGGCAGAGAGCCAACGAGCUGCAAGGUUCACACUGACACCAUCAUCACCUGCCCCUCUCCUGCUGCCUCCAACAUCACUGUGGGGAGCAAGCCUGCACCCGUCGACUUCUAUCUCAAUGGUCGCCUCUACACAGAUGACCGUCCAGCUCUGGAUGAGGAGAUGUACCCUGAGGAGGCCUUGCACAUCAGCAAGUUCAACCUGGAGUACUAUGCUGACCCCCAGUUCUUCACAGCCAAGAAGGAGAAGUGGAUCAAGCACCAUCCUGGCGAGCCCUUAACCCUGGUUAUACACAAAGAGCCUGACAGCCUGGGCCUGGAAAGCAACGAGUACCAAGUGAAGAUUGGCCUUAUCUCGUGUGAGAUCCAGAUUGUUUCGGACAAAGUCAUCCACUGCUCUGUCAACGAGUCACUGAGCACCUCGGACAGGCAGCUCCCGGUGACGAUCCAAGUUGGAAAGUUCAACUACACAAUUGCAAUGCUUCACCUUGGGGGAGGAGAGACCGCAAUCAUCGUCUCCAUUGUCAUCUGCAGCAUCUUGCUGGUUCUCUCUGUUGUAGCUCUCUUUGUGUUUUGCACAAAGAGCCGCAGAGCCGAGCGCUACUGGCAGAAAACCCUGCUCCAGAUGGAGGAGAUGGAGUCACAGAUCCGGGAGGAAAUCCGCAAAGGUUUUGCAGAGCUGCAGACAGACAUGACAGACCUGACCAAGGAGUUAAACCGCAGCCAGGGGAUCCCGUUCCUGGAGUACAAGCACUUCGUCACCCGGACAUUCUUCCCCAAAUGUUCCUCACUCUACGAGGAGUGCUACAUCCUGCCAUCCCAGCAGCUCAGCUCCCAGGUGGGCUCCCAGGUCCAGGAAACUCAUCCGCUCCUGGUGGGGGAAUGGAAAAUCCCUGAAAACUGCAGGCCCAAUAUGGAAGAAGGAAUCUCUCUGUUCUCCACCUUACUCAACAACAAGCACUUCCUCAUUGUGUUUGUCCAUGCUCUCGAGCAACAGAAGGACUUUGCUGUUAGAGACAGAUGUAACCUGGCCUCCCUGCUUACUAUUGCGUUGCAUGGGAAACUGGAGUAUUACACUAGCAUCAUGAAGGACCUCUUGGUGGAUCUAAUAGAUGCUUCAGCUUCCAAAAACCCCAAGCUGAUGCUGAGGAGAACAGAAUCUGUGGUGGAGAAGAUGCUCACCAACUGGAUGUCCAUCUGCAUGUACAGCUAUCUCAGAGAGACAGUCGGUGAGCCCUUCUUCCUGCUGAUCUGUGCGAUCAAACAGCAGAUUAACAAAGGCUCCAUCGACGCCAUUACAGGGAAGGCCAGGUACACCCUGAACGAGGAGUGGCUCCUGAGGGAGAACAUCGAGGCAAAGCCGAGGAACCUCAACGUCUCCUUCCAAGGCUGCGGCAUGGACUCCCUGAGCGUCAGGGCCAUGGACACAGACACCCUCAGCCAAGUGAAGGAGAAGAUUCUGGAGGCCUUCUGCAAGAACGUUCCCUACUCCCAGUGGCCAAGGGUGGAAGAUGUCGACCUUGAGUGGUUCGCCACCAGCACCGACAGCUACAUCCUGCGGGACCUUGAUGACACUUCGGUGGUGGAGGAUGGCAGGAAGAAACUCAACACAUUAGCACAUUACAAGAUCCCUGAAGGGGCAUCACUGGCCAUGAGUUUGUCGGACAAGAAGGACACUACACUGAGCAGAGUGAAGGAUCUGGACACGGAGAAAUACUUCCACUUGGUUCUCCCAACCGAUGAGUCGGUUGAACAUAAGAAGUCCCACAGGCAGAGCCAUAGGAAGAAAGUCCUCCCCGAGAUCUACCUGACCAGGCUGCUCUCCACAAAGGGCACGCUGCAGAAGUUCCUGGACGACUUGUUCAAAGCCAUUCUGAGCAUCCGAGAUGACAAACCACCCGUGGCUGUGAAGUACUUCUUUGACUUCCUAGAGGAGCAAGCAGAGAAAAGAGGGAUCACAGACCCUGACACUAUGCACAUCUGGAAGACCAACAGCCUACCUCUGAGGUUUUGGGUCAACAUCCUGAAGAACCCCCAGUUUGUCUUCGACAUUGACAAGACAGACCACAUCGAUGCCUGUCUCUCUGUGAUAGCCCAGGCUUUCAUUGAUGCCUGCUCCCUCUCCGACCUGCAGCUGGGCAAGGACUCCCCAACCAAUAAACUGCUGUAUGCCAAGGAGAUCCCCGAGUACAGGAAGAUAGUGCAGCGAUACUACAAGCAAAUCCACGACAUGCCGCCACUCAGCGAGCAGGAGAUGAAUGCUCACCUGGCCGAGGAGUCGCGGAAAUAUCGAAACGAAUUCAACACCAACGUCGCCAUGGCCGAGAUCUACAAAUACGCCAAGCGCUACCGCUCCCAGAUCGUGGCUGCCCUGGAUGCCAACCCCACGACAAAGCGCACCCAGCUCCAGCACAAGUUUGAGCAGGUGAUUGCACUCAUGGAAGAUAACAUCUAUGAGUGCUGCAGUGAAGCCUAGGCCGACUGCAGCCCUGGAAGUGACCUUCUCCGCAGCGCAGUGCCGUAGGGAACCUGCCUUCAGCCGCGGAUACGCUGUGGAUCGCCUCCGCAAGGGCCAUUCUCAAACCAGCCUUGCAGUGGGGGUGGGCCUGGCCCACGGCUGAAGGGCUCCUCACCCAACAAGAAGCCACGAGACACCUUUCCGAGCAGCUCAAACCCCCUCUGGUCUGCACUGUGGCACCCAUGAUUUAUUUGCUGUUGCCAGCCAGAAAUGGAGAUGUGACCCUUGUGGCAAGCUCCGUUCACCAUUUCCCUCUGAUCAGCACCUGAACGGUCAGUGGCUCCCUGCAUCCCUGCUUGUGGUUCCUCAGGACAGAGAUGGGGCUGCAGGAGCCAUAACAAUUACACAAAGCAGAAGGGUAACCUCAGGGAGCAGAGACAACAAAGGCCAUCAGAGCAAUGCCUGUGCUCCCUGCCACACCAUCCCUCCGACAUCCUUGUUUUUUCAGAACCAGGGACUCUAUCAGCUGAUCACUAUCUGCUGCAUUCUGUGUAUUUUUGUGCCUUUUAGUUUUUGUACUGUAUGUGUAAACAUAACCACUCCUCCACUGGAGACUUGGGCAACAUGGGGAACUCGGGGAUGUAGCUGGGGCAUGGUGAAAGCACUUUAUCCCCUAAUGGAGACAGCUGUUAUGGAGCAUGUUCCAUGUUAAACAGUGUGGGAAGGACUGUUCCCCCUUCCCCAGUUCCCCGACCUGCGUGCACAGUGAGCUGGAGCUGGGUAGCAUGCCAAAAGGGGUCAGCUCCUGCUGACCUCCAUGAGUGGGGUCGAGUCACAUGCAGGGCAGAACACAAGGUAGCACCUUACCUCCUCUGCCCCAUGUGCUCCAGCAUCUCCCUGCGAUCACCCCUGAAAACAAGGUCAAUGCUACAGAGGUGUCUUCCUGAAGCAGCUUGUUCUGCUCGCUUCAGAGCCAGCCAGUCAUGGCUGAGACCUGAGGGCAGCAAAGACAGUGCAGUUCUGCCUCGUGUCCAGUCUUUUUUUUUGGCUGAUAAAGGUAAAUGGACUGGACCCCAACCCUGGCAGCAUGAUGCUCAGGAGGCCAGCACAGCAGCUUCAGCACCCCACACUGCAAACAAAGGUGGAAGGUGACCCACAUUUAUACUGGGGCCAGCAGGCAGGGUCCCUCCGAGCAGACAGAGCUUGUCCAAAACCCAGACACUUCACUGCUGUCCUGCAGCGCCCGCGCCUGGGCAGAGCCCCAUCUUGGUGGCCUGUUCUCCUUCCUGCAGGUAACACCAUCCUUUCUGCAGCCAGGGGAGCAGUGACCUCUCUGGUCCACUCCAGCAUUGCAGAGGUCCCUCUAUAGAGGCUGAACCACAGCAAAUGCCACAUGAAGCAAGCGUUUGCAUGCAGGCAAAUGCAACCUGCCCAUGAAAGACAACCCAGACGUAGCCACCGCAUUUCCAAACUGCCAAAUAGAACAUUAAAAGUUACUACCUCACUCCAGGCAGAGUCUAAGGCGAGCCUCCCCUACCCAUCAGCUGGCGAGGAUGCAACCUGGUGUUAGAUGACUUUGGUCCACCAAACUCCUCCUGGGUGACUCACUGCCAUGGAUAGGUGGCCUCUAUCCCAUCAUUCCCAGUAAUGCCACAGUUGUCAGGAAUUGGAACACCAGAAUUCUGUGUGUGUAUAUAGAUAUCUAUUUUAAAACAAAGGAUAGACUUUAUUCAGUAUGCUAAAG